UCUGGACAGAUCUCAGUCCUGCAUUCUGAAACUCACAGGGUUAUAAACACUCCCAGAGCACUGAAGCAUGAGCUGCCAAUGCAAAGCACCUUCUCUAUGGAAACACCCUUCCUCAGGACAGAUGAUGAAACUGUUACUGCAACACAAUAAUAAUAUUAAACAUGGAAGGAAAUAGCUGACUAAAUCUGUGGAAGGACUUGACCAUAGUAUUUAGUUACAUGACAUUUCCACGACAUUUGGAGAUGGGGAUGGGAUGUGAAUCUUCACUCGGUGACCGCUCCUGACGACCUAGGUAAUCGUGCACAAGGGAUCCCUCAAACUCGGGAUCUCAGGGAGACCACACUUCGGGAACGGAGCAGAUGGACCAACCUAAGAUCGGAGAGGCAGCGAGCCGAGUGGAUACCACAUCCCGAACAUAGUAAAAAAUAAAAAAAAUAAAAAAAGAGGUGAGAUGAGCAAACCACAUUUGAAGUUGAGUUGGAUCGGACUUAGAGCUUGGUGAAGCCCUAGUGGAAGAAGGACCUCAUUCUGUGUAUCUGUGUGAUUGUCUAAGUGACUCUCAGAGGUGGUGAAUUCCAAUUAUUUUAAAUGUGCUAGCCAGGUAUGCCCUGGGUUACUCUGUGUGAGUAUUUUGUAAGAGCGUUCUGUGUGGGCGCGGUAGGUUGACUCUGUGUGGGUUACCUUUUUAUGUUCUGAUGUUUUGUGUGGACAUCUGACCAGUUCUGUGUGAGCAUCUGACCAAUCCUGUGUGGGUGAUCAGUAAAAUUCUGUGUGAAGUACUUAAGGAAUUCCUGUUGUAAUUUUUUUUCUCUCCCUGUGUGUGUGUGUGUGUGUGUGUGUGUGUGUGUGUGAGAGAGAGAGUGGGAGUGAGAUUGUGUGUGUGUGUGUGUGUGUGUGUGUGUGUGUGUGUGUGUGUGUGUGUGUGUGUGUGUGUGUGUGUGUGUGUGUGUGUGUGUGUGUGUGUGUGUGUGUGUGUGUGUGUGUGUGUGUGUGUGUGUGUGUGUGUGUGUGUGUGUGUGUGUGUGUGUGUGUGUGUGUGUGUGUGUGUGUGUGUGUGUGUGUGUGUGUGUGUGUGUGUGUGUGUGUGUGUGUGUGUGUGUGUGUGUGUGUGUGUGUGUGUGUGAGAGACUAAGGAGCCAUGGGCGCGCGCGAGUGCAAAGAACCAGAUAUUCCGGACCCUCCUACUGGAGCCUUGAAGGUUAUGGUAGAUAAAUGGGGUAGGGAUAUUCUGGAACAGGUACUUCUAUGGCAUAGAGAGGGUGGUUUUCCUUUGACAGGGACACUAAGUGUGACGCUGUUAGAUGAGGUAAGACAGAGAUUGGUAGAGAAGGAAGGUAAACUAGGAAAAAAGGAUCAAAUUGACUGGGUGAAAUUCAGGAAAUGGGAAAGGGAAGCUGACAAACGGAAGAAAAGACAGGACACAUUUCGGGGAAAACCCUGUCAGAAUAUGGUAGUUCAGACUGAGGAAGGAGAAAAGAAGGGGAAAGAUGAAACAGUGAGAAGGAAUAGGAAGGAUGAUGAUGACAGAGACUGUUCCCCUCCCUACUGUACUCCUCAAACUCUACCCAGUGUUGCCGGACCUCCCUCCUCCUCAGGCGCCUCCCGCGGAUCCGCUGGAUGCAAGACCACUACAACGCCACCCCCUGUCUCUCCCAACACCACGGUGAUUGAUCGUCUGGCACGGAGCCUGGCUGAAGUCCUGACAGGAUCUGGAGUGACUCCGGCCAGUCUCACUGGAGGUGCAGUGGGGGGAGCACGCCAGCAGGGUAAAAAGAUCAACAAUCCUUUUCUCAAGGCUCCUCCACUCAGCUCCAGUGAGGAAAGUGAGGACGGAGGGGCACCCCAGCUGACUCCCCCGUUGAAGGACCGUCUACGGACCAGGACGGAGAGGCGUGUCUCUACCCCCUUCCCAUACGACCCAGCAUCAGACAUGUAUCAUCAAUACCCUCUGAUGGCCUGUCCUAACCCUCAGCCUCAACCUGAUGAUGCUAAUGCUGCUGCCGCCGCAGCAUGGAACCCCAUUGUGUAUGUCCAGAGGACGUGGAGACAAGAUGAAAUCAAAGACAUUGUAGAGGACCUACCAGACCCAAGUAAGGACGCUGUGAAAUAUUCAGCAGAGAUGAGGGUAUUAGUGGGUCAGUACAAACCAUCUGCUGCUGAGAUAGCCCAUAUCUGUAAAAAGAAACUGGUCUGACAACGGGCCUGGAGAAAGCUGUGAGGACUACCUGCAUCAGUUGGGAGACUGAGCCAUUAGCAACGGUGGUACAGCACUGCAAGCAUGCUGAGAGACAACAAAGUACUCAGAAGGAAGAAAAAAUAAAGGAAGAAAAAGUAAAGACACAGAAACUACAGGCUGCCCAGAUGACGUUUUACCAGGGAGCAGCCCCAACAGGGACAGGACGAGGGGGUGGAGUGCGCAGGUGCUACAACAGUGGGAAGCCGGGUCAUUUUGCUGCUGACUGCUCUGAGCCAACGAAUCCACAGAGGAACAAAGACAGGGGCGGACCGAGAAGAGGGGCCCGAGAGGAGGGGGCAAGAAGAGGAGGAAAAGGAGCACAUGCAUGGACAGCCCCAUUCCAACAACAGCCGUGGCAGCCACCUCCCAAGCAAUGGCAGGUCGGGCCACCACACGGGGUCCAGCAACAGCAACAGUGGGGACCACAAGGAGUCCCUCCAGGCAGAGGACAAACUGGAGCCUGGCAGACGGGGCCGCCGGCACAGACGACCCUGUACAAUCCAGGACAGGGACAGGAGGAGGAGUAUUGACAUGAUGAGAAGACAGGGACAGUUGUGCUAAAAUCCUCAGAGCAACAAGAGCAUUUGUUUUUAAAGUGUCACACCCUUCCGAGAGUAGAGCCAACAGUGGAGGCUUGCGUCAAUGGGUGAAAGCGGCUCUACCCCAGCCACUGGUGGGGAUCCUGCACAAACUGCAACCAGGUGACUGGGUGGUGGUGAAAGACCUGAGGCGAAAGCAUUGGAACCAGCAGAGGUGGACUGGACCAUACCAGGUGAUGCUGAUUACCCCCACUGCUGUUCGCGUAGCUGAGAGGUCUACUUGGAUCCACACCAAUCACUGCAGGAAGGUGCCAUACUGCCCACCAGACCCUAAGGAUGGAGGACCAGAGACGCCGGAAGUCACCGACUAGAUGGGAGGAUCAGGCCCAGACUCUACGCAUCAUGUUUCUUGCUCUGGUCUUGAGCCUUCUCAUUACAGUUGCCAUAUGGACAGUGACUCAAGGACAACCGGUCCUGGAAAGACAACAUGGUACGGACUCGACUGAUAACCGUUCAGUCCCACUGCAGGACUUAAAUAACAGCCACUCCAGCUCGAGCCAACGGCAGGCUCAGGACAGGAGUCCAGCAAACAAUAGCCGCUCCCAUAUCGAAAGAAGAAGAAGGUCAAUGCAUCCACUGGAUGAGCAUCACAGUAGGAAUCACGAAGGAAACACUUGGUGGUCACUGCUUAACUAUACAGUAAAGACUGAACUGAUGUUAGGAAAUAUCUCCUGUUAUGUAUGUAGCUUGUUUCCACAUUCAGCGAUCUCCCCAUUCUUACAGUAUUCAGUAGAGGUCAGCAUUAAAGACACUCUAUGUGCACUAGAGGCGCUCUUGUCCAAUGAGAACACAUGGGGUCAACCUUCACUAGGUAGAACACUGAGGGAUAAAUGCAUUAAUGGUAAUUUGUCAUCAACAAAAGAUUUACGGGGGGGAUUUGAUUGUUCACAUUGGUGUAGUAGAAUAAUCUUAGAACCUAGAUCCCGUGUACCAGAACCUAUUAAAGUCCAACCCCGGCGAACCCCAUUUAGGACCUGUCAUUGUCACAAUCCAAGCAAUAUUUCCAUGCCACAAUUGAAUGAAUCCUAUCUGGGAAUGUCAACAUGUGUCAAUUAUAGUGUUUUCCCAAUAGGAUGUAGCUGGAAGAAGGGAACAUGCAGCUCUGGAUACCCCAUUAGAUUGAGGGUGGGACACACCAUUAUUGAUGCUGAAACUGACAAUCGUUCUCCUCAUCAAUUUGGCUCGGCAACAUUUACUGAUCAUUAUUGGAUUUGUGGUGAUAAAGCUUAUCUCUACCUACCCACAAAUUGGACAGGGUGCUGUAUUUUUGGUAAACUAAACAUCUCCCUUGUGGUAAUGCAUAAAACUAAUUCCUCUAUUCCAAGCAGGUUAAGACUAAUUAAGAGGGACAUCUCACAAUACAAUAAUGUCCUUAGUGACUCUCGACGAUCCUCGAAAUUGGAAAAGUUCUGGCGUGGUUUAAUCCCCUGGUAUGGGGCAUCGGAGAAUGCACAUGAGUUGGAUAGGCUAGGAUAUCAUUUGGAAUCCCUGGUAAAUUUGACCACUGCAGGGUUUCCUAUGAUAAGACCAGAAUUACAAGCCACUCAACUCAUGGCAACACAAAAUAGGGUGGCACUUGACAUGUUGCUAGCACGUGAAGGAGGGGUGUGUCAAAUUAUAGGAGAUCACUGUUGUACAUUUAUACCCCAGGGAGAUGACAAUUUGACUAUUGUAGUGGAACAUUUGAAAGAGCUUAGGGGUGUUCUCGAAAGGGAACACCAGCCUGACAUCAACUGGAAUCCGUUAGGAUGGGUUCAGUCAGUGUUUGGUGCUUGGGCUGCGACCAUUUUCCACUGGUUCAUCUAUGGUCUAAUAAUACUGAUUGCUCUGUUGCUAAUUAUCAUUUGUGUGAAGAAAUUGUUUAAUAAAGUGGUUGAUGUUGUUCUUACUAUGCCCUUGCUUGCAAAUGAAGUAGGUGUAGAUGAGGAAUCUGAGAUUGAUGGACAACAAUCAGGUGAACACAGUGAAAUAUUCUCACUGGACAGUGUAGAUAGAGAGGGUUCACUGUAUAUGAAUGAUUUCCCUGACCCAUUCCCGAUUCCUGACUAUAUCUCUGAUAGUGGGGAACCCAAUUCUAAGCAUGAGGACUUAGAGGGAUGACUGUUCUGUAGGUUGUAAUGAUGCCUGUGUUUAGACAUGGGUUCUCUUGUAAUUGUGGGAGCAUUUAUAUGUUUUGUUAUUUUUAUUUUUACUCAACAAAUGUAUUAUUCUAUAUGUUUAAACAGGUGCAAGUCUGUAUUAUGGUAUAAACAUUGUAAACUCA